UAAGCGCUCAAAUUCUUGCUCAAACGAUGACUUCAAUAUGUUGGUGAAUCACAUGGUGAACUCUGUUCAAGCAUCAUUCAGCCACGGCGGCAGCCUCUGUCACACCGUCAUCUCCACUAACAGGUUACGCUCAUGAAUCCAAUGCUGCCUGUCACCGAAAUAACAGCAGUCGAUGACUACACGGUUCAUAGCUCAUGGAUUCGACACUGUCUGUCGCCGACAAGAGGCGCCGGAUGACAAGCCUCCCAACCUCCACCAUCUCCCUUCUCCACAUGGCUUGCUGCAAGUUUCACCUCUGCGCCGCUAAUUUGGUAGGGCAAUUGGGCGCUAGAACCGACAGAUGGCGGAUGAAAGACAGUCCCCGUCGACAAUGGCUUUAUUCUUCAGGCUCCAGGGAUAGGCGCCGAAGCAAGGAUUCUGCUAGAUCCUUGAUGUGGCGAUUGACGGAUUUGCUUUUGCAUAGUAGACGCCCGUUCAUAUCUGCCAGCCUUAUGAUAAUCAGCCCUUUCUUAGCCAUGCGCAGACGUGGGGAAACGCGAAGCCAUGCCACGGGCAUGCUAAUAAUACCAUCUCGGGUUCACGAGUUAACACUCGAGGAGGCAAGCUUGCGAUCCUGGUCGGCGAAAUCAUCAUUCCUCGCCACAGUCAGUGCCAUCUGCGAGUGUUGAUCGGCGUGGUGCGGCACCACCGGUCCUCAUCAGUGCGCCCGCCAUGGCGUCGUCCCACGGGGAAGAAGGCAUAGCGCAUUGUGCUAAAGCCCGUAAUUGUCAGGAUUGCUCUCUGCUCAGCCCUCCCAAAGCCCCGUCCUGCUGAAUGUUUUGACGUCUGGGUCCCUU